UUACCUGGAUGCAGAUCCAGAUCUAAAAUAGUUAAAUAUUAUUCUAAGAAUUUGCAACCAAAUUAUUGUGAAUUUAGCAAAUACUGGAUGCACAAUAAUCGAGACCAUUCAUCAUUUCAUGACGUAGACCUUCGAAUGCAAACUUAGUCUGUUUUUCAUAAGAUGUAUGCCUAGAUUUGAGCAAUGGGCAGAAAAACAAAGAAAACAGCCAAAGGUCAAGCCCCACCCACACAUUCAGACAAAGCUCCACUCACACAGUCAGACAAAGCUCCACCCACUCAAGCAGAGCCAGCCCAAGGCCCAGAGCAAGGCAAUGUGAACACAUCUGCUGCUGUUCCUGAACUGUCCAAGUCUGCUAGGAAGGAAGUUGCAGAGCUGAUAACUAGUUUACUAGAAGUGUGUUCCAAGCCACCUGAAUCUGGAAAUAAAGAAUUGGAGGAUUAUCCUGAGAUUAAUGGAUUGGUUGAAAAAAUUAGAAACAUUCAAUCAGUCCUAGCACUGCCUUCACGAAAUCGCGAAGAUGGUUUUCCAACUUUUUUGAAGUGGUUGAAUGACAAUGGUGUCGAUACAUCUGCACUUGAAAUAACGCAGUUCCCCCAGUAUGGCUAUGGCCUGAAGGGUACAAGAGAUCUGAAGGAGUCAGAGAAGUUGUUACAGAUCCCAAGGAAACUGAUGAUGACAGUUGACUCUGCAAAACAGUCUCCUCUUGGGGCACUAAUCAAGGAAGAUAAAAUUCUUCAAGUCAUGCCUAAUGUGACUCUAGCUCUGCAUUUACUGAAUGAAAAAUUGAAUCCACAAUCUUUUUGGAAACCUUACAUCGACAUACUUCCUAGUAGUUAUUUGAAUCCACUGUACUGGAGUUCUGAGGAUCUUCAACUCCUGAAUGGUUCACCUGUUAAAGGUGAUGCCAUAAACCAAUAUAGAAAUAUUGCCAGGCAAUAUGCUUACUUUUACAGGUUACUACAGAAACAACCCGAUAGCAUGACCCAGUUAUAUGUUAAACAAUGCUUCACAUUUGAUAAUUACAGAUGGGCAGUUUCUUCUGUCAUGACAAGACAAAACCAAAUUCCAGCCCGAGAUGGUUCUCGAGCGACACUAGGCUUGAUACCAUUAUGGGACAUGUGCAACCAUUGUAAUGGCAUUUACACCUCGGACUAUAAUACAGAGCAAGAUGCUUGUGAAUGUUUCUGUCUCAAAGAUUUUGAAGCUGGCCAACAGAUCUUGAUGUUCUAUGGGCCCAGGUCUAAUGGAGAAUUUUUAGUUCACAAUGGAUUUGUUUAUCCAGACAAUGAACAUGAUCGUCUGUGCCUUAAACUUGGAAUCAGUAAAAGUGAUCCACUCUACACACAGAAGUCUGAUCUUCUGAGUAAACUGAGUCUUGCUCCACAAAGGGCUUUUUAUCUUCACCUUGGAAGAUUUCCUGUUGAUGGUGAUUUAAUGGCAUUUCUGCGGGUAUUUUGUAUGGAUGAAGGUGUUCUGACUGAAAAGUUUUCUGGCGAGGUCUCUGCUGGGCAGUUGGAAGCUUUGAAAGAUGAAGACAGUGAAACGAACAAUCAGAAUGACGAGAAGGUGUGGACCUUUUUACAGACACGAGCCAAUCUACUUCUCAAAACCUACCCAGGAUCAUUAGAGGAAGAUGAGGCUGUAGCUACAAGGCAGGACGUCCCCGAAACACAAAGGAUGGCAGCGCAGUUGAAAGUGGGCGAGAGGAAAAUUCUUUUGAACACCAUUGAUUAUGCUGACAAGAAGAAAGCUUCCCUAAAGUCAUCUGAAUGAAAAAUGUUGAUAAAAUAGUGAAUAUCUGAUGACAAAGCUAUUUAUUUUAUUUUAACUCAUGACAGGUUAGGUCAGUGACUAAAUGUCAAUAAGUAAUGUCUAGUUAGGUCAUUCGUACCUAAAUGAAGUGAUAGAAACAUGUAGACACGUGAUGUUUUUAUUUUUCUAUGGGAAAAUAUUCAUGCUAAUUAAUUUUAUUCAAUGGUAUGUACAGUGUAAACAUUUUUCGAGCACAAUAGAAUGUAACAGCAGUGGCUGGGAAAAUUGAAAAAGUUAUUAAAGUUUUCAAAUAAAUUUUUAAAAAACAUUGUUUCAAAAUAUUUCAUUUCUGAUUUCCAAAACCAUCUGUAUCAUCUUGUUGAAUUGAAAAUAGUUGAAUAUUUAUUAUAGUUGGAAAAAUGUUGACACUUUAACGUGUAGCAGUGAUUCCCAAACUGUGUUCUGCAGAACACCAGAGCCUGUAUAAGUGUUCAGCAAACUAUUUGAGUGAUUGACUAGAUCUAGUGUCUAUUAGGUGAAUUCAGAAAAGAAAAUUGGAAUCAAUUAGCUCUUCUCAGUGGGGG